GACUCUUUACAGUAAGUCCAACAUGGCAGAUGGAGUAGUUCUUGCACGGUGACUAAAGCAACAUUUCAACUAAAACGGACAAUUUAAACUCCACUCUGCCACGGGACAUCCACCAUGAGGGAGAGACAGAAGAAAAAGAAGGGCAGGACGUGGGCGGAAGCCGCUAAAACGGUUUUGGAGAAGUACCCUAAUACUCCUAUGAGCCAUAAAGAGAUCCUGCAGGUGAUCCAAAGAGAGAGACUUAAAGAAAUAAGAAGCGGAACCUCGCCGCUGGCAUGCCUGAAUGCCAUGCUGCACACAAACUCUCGGGGUGACGAGGGCAUCUUCUACAAAGUCCCGGGCAGGAUGGGAGUCUACACGUUAAAGAAGGACAUCUCAGAGGGGGCGAAGAAGCUGUCGGAGGAGGGCUCUGACGAGAGCAGCGACAAUCUAUCGGACUCCCGAAGCUCGGAGAACAGCAGCACCGUUCCUCCAGAGGGCAGGAGAGGACGGUGGAUGCGAAGAGUCCCCUCCAAGCUGCAGUCACAGCCGUCGUCUCCGCAGCCACAGUGCUCAUCGCCUCCCGUCUCCUCCAGUAAACUCAUCUCUCCCUCACAGAAACACAGCAAGAAAGCACUCAAACAGGCGCUCAAGCAGCAACAGCAGAGAAAUCAGCGCAGACAGGGUGGUAUGCCAGCCAUCUCCAGCUCCAGGCUGCUACUAAAAACCAUCAAAGACAUGGCAGAAAACAUUUCAACAAAGACUGAGUUAUGCCACCCUGUCGUUCCCAGAAAAGUCCCUCAGAGGUCCGAUCGUCUCAGUGCAGGGCAAAUAAAACGCACAAGGUGUAAAAUAGACGUGGAAACGCCAGACUCCAUUUUGGUUAACACCAACCUGAGAGCCCUCAUCAACAAGCACACCUUCUCCGUCCUGCCUCCCGACUGCCAGCAGAAGCUGGUCAAACUCCUGCCUGAGGUCGACCGACAGGCUUGCUUGGACGGCCUUCUGAAGGUUACGAGCUCGGCUUUAAACAAUGAAUUCUUUGCAUCGGCAGCGCAGUCUUGGAAAGAGAGGCUGGCUGAAGGAGAAUUCACACCCGAGCUGCAGGUCCGAAUGCGUCAGGAAAUCGAGAAGGAGAAGAAAGUUGAGCACUGGAAGGAGGCUUUCUUCGAAAACUACUACGGGGAAAAUUCAGGCCUCAGCUACGAGGAGUCCAAAGAGCUGAUAAAGCCCGAUGGGAACAAGGAGCCUGUCAGGCGCCGCUCUCCUGUUUGCCAGACAAAUCCAGCUGCUCAGCCUCCGGAGGACAAGAAGAGCGCCAAGGACUGCGCCCACACCGAUGCUACCACGAGAGACAAGAAACCAGCGGAGAAAUCCCCGGACCCUCCGAAGGAGCUGCCCCGACCCAAAGAGUCCGUCCCCACCACGGAGCCCAUGAAGACGCGUCGGUCGCAGCACGCGGAGGAUCGAAAGCUCAGCGCAGCCGCUCAGAGCGGGCCGACGGCGGCGGGGGCUGUGAAAACACUGGAAUCGGAGAAACCGGCCCAGCGGAGCCCGACUAGGACACUUCAUGAAAAGCAACAGAAGGAAGAAAAAGAGGAGAAGAAACUCCCCGAGUCGCCCGUGAAGACGAGCCCCCCACUAAAGUCCAGGGUGGAUGUAAAAGACGAGCAGCUGGUGACCGCGGUGAGACCUGCUGCGGGUGACGAAGAGGUCGCCUCGGAGCCCAGCGCCGCCUCGGAGCCCAGCGCCGCCUCGGAGCCCAGCGCCGCCUCGGACGCCCACAAGAGGAAAACCCUCUGCGAGACGGAGGGGGAGGUGACUCCAGAGAAAAGACCCCGUUUGUCUUCCGUUUCCUCCGUGUCGUCUGUCUCCUCCGUAUCAUCCAUAUCCAGUCCCACCACGCCUUCUCCGACAAGUCAGAGGGUCCCGCCUCUCAAGAUCCCAGUGUCACGAAUUCUCCCUGUUCCUCUGUCACCAAGCCAAGUCUCGCCAAAGACUCCGCUCAGCAGCCCGGGCCACACCGGAGCUCGCACGCUGGCUUACAUCAAAGCCAAAGCUCAGCUCGCCCGAGCGCAGCGCGUAGCAGCCGCCGCCGUGUCAUCCGCAUCGAAGGGAGCAGUGCCGGGGCCGGGGCCGGGUGGAGGUAGCGGUGGUGAUCACAGGCAGCCAUCACCAAGCCCCAGCCUCAGCCCAACUUCCCCACAGGCCUACACCAGAUUACCAGCCACCACCACCAGCAGCAGCAGCAGCAGCAACAACCAAUCCAGUGAGCUUUCUCCUCCGCUCAGCUCAAGACCAGCAGAUGACAGACAAAGCAAUCAUUUUACUAGUAUAGUCCAAAAGAGCUCCAAUGCUUCAGUAGAACAUUCAUCAGUGCAGACUGUAAAGGAUAAGGAAGCCCCAACAAGUGCUGCAUCACUAACCAGAACCAGUUCUUUCAUUCCAGCAAACAACCCCCUUGUGACACAGUUGCUGCAGGGAAAAGAGGUUCCACUGGACCAGAUCCUCCCAAAACCCCUAUCCCACACGGAGAUUCGGGUGUCGAACCAGGCUUCUGGAAGUAAGGGGAAAACGACACAUUUCGUUGAUCAUAAAGGAGAUAGGCACGUGUCUCCACAAGCCAAUAUCGCCGGACGAGCCGCAGAAUGCACAAAACAUCAGCGGGAGCUUCCCGAUAAGGAAACCCAAGAGCAGAUCCUGCAGACGCUGAUGCAGAGGAAAGCUCUGCAACAGAAGCAGCCUCCUGGAGGCGCUGGGCUGCUGCCCGCACACCACAGGGUCCCGCAAAUGCUGCAUGCACAGGAGUGUCGGGAGCAGUCCAGAGUGUUGGUUGGCUUUCUGGGCCGGAGGAAGAUCCCCAAGCCGGCCAUGACGGGGCAUUACCUCCUCAACGUGUCGACGUACGGCAGGGGAUCAGAGAGCAGGAGAUUACAGCUUUCAGUCUGCCCCAACAAGUCUUCUUUGAAGAGGGAAAGCACAGACGGAAAGGAGACGGCUAAGACGGAAGAACCAGUGAAGAAAGAUUUUGCGUUCGUCACUAGGGUGAAAAGCGAGCAGCAGGGAUGUGCGGUUACCAGGGCCGACGACCCGGCAAGUUUUCAGCAUUGCUCUGGCGUAAAGACUGAGCCUGGAUCUGAGAGCAAUGGAGCCGGUGGAGCCGACAAUGGCGUCACCAGUGCUAAAGCCAAAGACAUCAGUCCGUUUUCUCCGGCGCACCGAAGUCACCUCGAACUCCGCAAUAACAAUCAAGGAAACUCUGAGCCAUAUCUUUCCCUCAUGGACCCCGGUCACCAGCAGCUCACUGCCUUUCAGAGGACGCUUGACAAUCAGGAUGCGGCAGUAGCCUCCAGCUACGGCGGCACCAUCAGCAUGUCUGUACCUCACACUCUGAACCACAACGCCGCGGGCACCGCCUCUUCCGCACCCUCAUCGGAGGUCGACGGCAGGGGCAUCUGUGGGAGCGUCAUGUCGUUCUCGGUGACCGUCACCACGAUACCAGCCGGUCACGCGCUAGACCACGGCAAUCAGGGCGAACCCUCGCGGGAGCAGUCCUUCAUCGAGGGCGCCAACAUGGAGGACGUUCAGUCAAAAUGCUAUUGCCGACUGAAGGCGAUGAUCAUGUGCAAAGGCUGUGGAGCCUUCUGCCACGAUGACUGUAUUGGCCCUUCGAAGCUGUGUGUGUCAUGCUUAGUGGUACAGUGAAAUGGAGUUAAUAAUAACUAAACGACGUAAGAGUUUCAUUAGGCAUGGGCCGGUAUGUGCAACACAAGAUCAGGGUCGCUUAGAGAACGAAUUGAGAAAAAAAGGGUUAUUUUUGUCUCUCUGUCCAUUUUAAGAAAAAGUCAAGAGAGCGCAGCAUAAAGUCCAAAUACAAAAGUAAUUUAAAAUGUCCAGAAGUAGUUAAUACUUUGUUUUUUUCCAAUUAAAAAUGCUGAAAUGUCAUGGAAUAGGUCAUAAUUUUAAAAUAAAAAUGUAAAAAAAAAAGAGUAAAAAAUACAUUUUUAAGAACAAGUUAUAACAACAACAAAAAAGCCAAACGUCAAGAAAAAGUCUAAAUGCUUUUUCUGAAGAUGAAAUGGAAAAAAAAAAUCCAGAUUUAGAGAAAGGAAAAUUUAAAAAUGUAUUUAUUAUUUCCAAAUAACAAUUUUUCAAGAAAAUAAAUUGAAACACUAAUAAUUUUGAGAUCAUUUUGAGAAAGAAGACUCCAAAUCUUGUUUUCCUGUCAUUUGACCUUUGACCUUUUCACAGUGAACUUGAGUAAAAAUAUCAAGUUUUUAUUGUACCACAAGAGCUACAACUGUUUUUAAGACAAUGGUCUAACUGCUUUUAUUAAAAAUCGAAACAAAAAUAAAUCUUCUGCUGGUAAAAUAAUAUAUUGACUUUAAUACAUUGUAAAUAAGAUGCAUAGACAUAGUAACUCACCUAAACUUUAACUUAUUAUGACUCUUGGGUUAAAAAUUUAUUAUUUAAACCAUUAUAGAUUUUACGAAUUUAUUAACUUUGUCAACUUAAAUUGGUGUUUUUAAGCUCAAGCGUCUUACCUAGGUUGUACGACCUCAAUGGCCCUUUAAGGGGAAACACACAUUGGUGCUGGCCGUAACUUUAGCCGUUCCGCUAACGUUCGCACACACUCGCCACGGAUCGCUGAACUUUAGCCUUGGCUGUUUUAUUUUUCCUCAAGAACAUCAACAUUUUUAAAUCAAACUGUUGAGUGGUGGAUGGCGCCACCAUAAAAGAUGCUGCUAUUAUGGAUAUAAUAAGUUAAAUUAUUAGAACGCUAAAAUUCUUCCAUGUUGCUUAAACUGUUAUUGGCAGCGGAUUUUAAUCAACAAUUGAAAUCCCUGUUUUCAGGCCAAAUCUUGUUAAGUCUAAAGUUUUCUGUAACCCAGGAGCUGUAUGGUUUAACAAGAACGUUUUGAUUUAACUGGAAUUGAUUUUAGCUGCUUAACUAAAGAUGCUGUCUGCUUCAGUGAGCUAGCUCAACAGACAUGCUGCAUUUAACAUUUUGAAAUUAAAGCAGUUCAAUUUUGAGCUGCACUUCUGUAGCUUCCAAACUAUGACCGUAAGUACUUUUGCGUGCCGUGAACUAUUUCAAAACGGCCAAAUUUGUCUUUUAUUUCGUGACAAGAAACAUUACAGCAUCGCCUUACUGUACGGAUCCGUUUUGCCAGAGAUACUUGGCUCUCGCUGCAGCUAUUUUUCUGGCAUCUCAUCAAAAUGAAACUGAAACAACAAAUCAAGUAGAUUUUAUUUCUUUAUUUUUAUACAUAUUUGGUAUGUCUUGAUACCGGCCCAUGCCUAAGCUUCACAUGCCGUCGAGGCACAAAUAUGGCAUUAGGUUAUUUAGAGCGAGUAGAGAACGUGGUGCGGUAUCUUAACUGUUCUACGCCUGCGACAGCCAGGAUCUGAUCACUGUUGGAAAAAGCAAGAAUUUACACUGGACGGUCUUGUUUUUUCAUCCACACCUCCGUUUUUACAGCUGCCAAUCAAUUUUCAAUCAGUUUAAUACUCAGUCAGAUGUGUGAGAAUUCUCACAUUCAACGUUUGCACUCAGCUAGAUUAGUCUAUAUUUUUAUAUAAAAUAUAUAUAAAUAUAUAUGUGUGUCUGUGUGUAUUGUUUUUAAAGGAGGGAAAAUGAAUGUUGCUAUUUUUAGGACUUCAUGACUGUUCUGUGUUGAGACUGAACUUUUUAUUGUAGGGUUAAUUGGGGUUACUAUCAAGAAAGGGCACUAGAGAAAAUCAUGGGUUGUACAAUACGUCCUGCCUGGAUUUUUAUGCAUGUGUGGCAGGGAAGUAACAAUUUUAUAUAUAUAUAUAUAUAAGAAAGGUACAUUAAAAUACAGAACACACUGAUAUUUAAAAACUUUCAUGGAUUUAUAGGUUUAUUGAGGAAUUAUGCAUAAAAUGUUUUUAAAAUGGUGGCAUCAAAUUACCUGCAAAGGAUCAUGUUGUAAAGUUGGAAUUCAGCAUAGCACUUAAAUUCAAAUUUAAAAUUUUUAAUAGAAAGUGGUUUAUCUUCCCUGUUGUUGUUUUUAUAUAUAUAUAUAUAUAUAUCAAAUAAAAGUUUAGCGUUAUCUACUACUGUUUUAAAGCCACAUUUUCCCUCCCUAAAACUGUUUUGUAGCUAAAGUGUCCCAUAAAUUGGAGUUGUUGGGGUUUUUUUCUGUAUAGAUUGAUAACAGUUGAAAUGAAAACACUCAAAGUAAAGGGAGAAAAUGACGACCUUUUCUUUUCACUGUAAAUACUAGACGUAGGUAGUCAAUAUUUUCUAUGUGCAGCACACUUAUCCAUUUUUGUUACUACAAAAAGAUGUUUGACAAUCGAAAGAAAAAUACUGUACGGUCAAAUAAUUGUAGAUUUUCUAAAAAAUUAUCUGUUGGUACAAAAAGUCUCAGAUUUGUAGAUGAGUAUAACCGUUUAUCUCUGACCUUCCCAGAAAAUGAGAAUCUUCCAUUUUGAGGUGAUAUGAGGCUUUGUAAGCCUAAUUAUUCACAAUAACCAUUGUGACGUAAAGUACAUUGUAAUAUUAGCACAAUCUAAGUGCUUACUUAACCCCAUAUUACUUUUCAAAAGGGUCAGUGGAAAGCUAUUAACUCAAGCAAAAAUAAAGACAUCAAAUAAUAUUUUAUAGUAUCCAGCACGGGUGAAAAGUUUCCUGUUUUUAUAGCCGUUGUUUUCAAGGUAAAAUGCCAAAGUCACCUUAAAAAAAACAAACAAAAAUAAUCAGAAGUUGUUUAUAAUCUCAGACUUGUUAAUCAAAGUAAUAUAUUUUAAUUAAUAUAUUUUAAUAUAAAAGAUCUAUUUACUAUUUUUUGGGACAAAUCAACAAGGUAUUUGCUAUAGUAAUAUAUUGGCUGUCCAUUUUGUUUUGUUUUGUUUUUUUUUUCCCUAUAACUUGUAGACAGGACAGACCACCAUAAGGAAUGAUUGAACUUUGUUUCUGAAAUUGUCCAGGUAUGGCUGUGUGAACCAGUCUUUGCAAUCAGUCCAUUCGUCUAAACCGCUCUUUGAAGAUUUUGUCUGAAUGCAUCCUUUGUCUAUAAUUAUUACUUUUUUUUUACAAUCUAUGGCUCAGUCUAAAAUUUUAAGUUGAUCCAUUUUUACCUGUUUUUUUUUUGUUUUGUUUUUUUUUAGAACUGGAUGGUCAUGUCUGUUAAAUUUGGGUUUCAGAGUAGUAUUAGAAAAGUGCUAGAAAAAGCUCUUUUAUGCAGUUAGUCAUUUUAAUGUGAACAGCACGUCUUACAUGGCUGAGUAGAAAUGUAAAACGUGAAUAGAAUCAGAUUUGGGGACUGGAACGCACUUCAAGAAAGGCAGCUUGACGAAGACUGAAACGUGCAUCAGGCGGCAGUCUGCAUUUUUACUUAAGCUACCUGCUUGUGUAAAUUUAGAUGAGUGGUUAAUCGAGAACUAGCUGGGUUGAGGUUACUAUGGGCAAUCACCAUGUUUGUUUGUUUUUUGUUUUUUUUUCUUUUUCAAUUGUCACAUUUGUCACUAGUUUCAUUUGUUACACUCGUCUGUUUCACUCUGUGUCCAGUAAAACUCCAGUGAAUGUAACAUGGUAAUCUGCACUUGUAAACAAAAUGUAUUUUAAAGUUAUAAUCUAUUAUAAAUAAAAUAAUUUUAAAAUA